AUGCUGAGCGGCAUUUGGUUCCUCAGUGUGUUAACCGUGGCCGGGAUCUUACAGACGGAGAGUCGCAAAACUGCCAAAGACAUUUGCAAGAUCCGCUGCCUGUGCGAAGAGAAGGAAAACGUACUGAACAUUAACUGUGAAAACAAAGGAUUUACAACUGUCAGCCUGCUCCAGCCCCCCCAGUAUCGAAUCUAUCAGCUUUUUCUCAAUGGAAACCUCCUGACUAGACUGUACCCAAACGAAUUUGUCAAUUACUCCAACGCAGUGACUCUUCACCUUGGUAACAACGGGUUGCAAGAGAUCCGGACUGGGGCAUUCAGCGGCCUGAAAACUCUCAAGAGACUGCACCUCAACAACAACAAACUUGAGGUAUUGAGGGAGGACACCUUCCUGGGCCUGGAGAGCCUGGAGUACCUCCAGGCAGACUACAAUUACAUUAGUGCCAUUGAGGCAGGGGCAUUCAGCAAACUUAAUAAGCUCAAAGUGCUCAUCCUGAAUGACAACCUUCUGCUGUCCCUGCCCAGCAAUGUGUUUCGCUUUGUCCUGCUGACCCACUUAGACCUCAGGGGGAACAGGCUGAAAGUCAUGCCUUUUGCUGGUGUCCUUGAACACAUCGGAGGGAUCAUGGAGAUUCAGCUGGAGGAAAACCCCUGGAAUUGCACUUGUGACUUACUUCCCCUCAAGGCUUGGCUGGACACCAUAACUGUUUUCGUGGGGGAGAUUGUCUGUGAAACUCCCUUCAGGUUGCACGGGAAGGAUGUGACCCAACUGACCAGACAAGACCUCUGUCCCAGGAAGAGUGCUGGUGACUCCAGUCAGAGGGGCAGCCAUGCUGACACACACGUCCAAAGGCUGUCACCUACAAUGAAUCCUGCGCUCAGCCCAACCAGGGCCCCAAAAGCCAGCCGGCCACCCAAAAUGAGAAACCGUCCAACUCCCCGAGUGACUGUGUCCAAGGACAGGCAGAGCUUUGGACCGAUCAUGGUGUACCAGACCAAGUCUCCUGUGCCCCUCACUUGUCCCAGUAGCUGUGUCUGCACCUCUCAGAGCUCAGACAACGGUCUAAAUGUGAACUGCCAAGAAAGGAAGUUCACCAAUAUCUCCGACCUGCAGCCCAAACCUACCAGUCCAAAGAAACUCUACCUAACAGGGAACUAUCUUCAAACUGUGUAUAAGAAUGACCUCUCAGAAUACAGUUCUUUGGAUCUGUUGCAUUUAGGAAACAAUAGGAUUGCGGUCAUUCAGGAAGGUGCCUUCACAAACCUAACCAGUUUACGCAGACUGUAUCUGAAUGGCAAUUACCUUGAAGUACUGUAUCCUUCUAUGUUUGAUGGACUGCAGAGCUUGCAGUAUCUCUAUUUAGAGUAUAAUGUCAUUAAGGAAAUUAAGCCACUGACCUUUGAUGCUUUGAUUAACCUACAGCUACUCUUUCUGAAUAACAACCUCCUGCGGUCCUUACCUGAUAAUAUAUUUGGGGGCACAGCCCUCACCAGGCUGAAUCUGAGAAACAAUCAUUUUUCCCACCUGCCUGUGAAAGGGGUUCUGGAUCAGCUUCCAGCUUUUAUCCAGAUAGAUCUGCAAGAGAACCCAUGGGACUGCACCUGUGAUAUCAUGGGGCUGAAGGACUGGACAGAACAUGCCAGUUCCCCUGUCAUCAUCAAUGAGGUGACUUGUGAGUCUCCUGCUAAGCAUGCAGGGGAGAUCCUGAAGUUUCUAGGGAGAGAGGCUAUUUGUCCAGAUAGUCCAGACUUGUCAGAUGGGACGGGUUUGUCGGUGAAUCACAACACAGACACACCUCGGUCACUUAGUGUGUCUCCUAGUUCUUAUCCUGAACUCCACACUGAAGUUCCACUUUCUGUCUUAAUUUUAGGAUUGCUCGUUGUUUUUAUCCUGUCUGUCUGUUUUGGGGCCGGUUUAUUCGUCUUCGUACUGAAACGCAGAAAGGGAGUGCCAACUGUUCCCAGGAGUGGCAACAACUUAGAUGUCAGUUCCUUCCAGUUACAGUAUGGGUCUUACAACACAGAGACUCAUGAUAAAACCGAUGGCCAUGUCUAUAACUAUAUCCCCCCACCCGUGGGUCAGAUGUGCCAAAACCCUAUCUACAUGCAGAAGGAAGGAGACCCGGUAGCCUAUUACCGAAACCUGCAAGAGUUCAACUACGGCAACCUGGAGGAGAAAAAAGAAGAGCCAGCCACACUUGCUUACACGAUAAGUGCCACUGAGUUGCUGGAAAAGCAGGCUGCACCCAGAGAGCCCGAGGUGCUGUAUCAGAAUAUUGCUGAGCGAGUCAAGGAACUCCCCAGUGCAGGCCUAGUCCACUAUAACUUUUGUACCUUACCUAAAAGGCAGUUUGCCCCUUCCUAUGAAUCUCGACGCCAAAACCAAGACAGAAUCAAUAAAACCGUUUUAUAUGGAACUCCCAGGAAAUGCUUUGUGGGACAGUCAAAACCCGACCACCCUUUACUGCAAGCUAAGCCGCAAUCAGAACCAGACUACCUCGAAGUUCUGGAAAAACAAACUGCAAUCAGUCAGCUGUGA